GUUUAGUUACUCAUUCCAUACUAAAGCGAAACUGCAGUGAUUUGAGAAAAGGCCAUAAGCAAAAACCGAGGAAAAAAAAAAUGGUGCAUAAUGCCUAUGAUUCCUUCAAGCUUAUUAACAAUUGUCCCACUAAAAUCGACGCCGUCGAAUCCUACGGUUCCAAGCUCCUCGUUGGCUGUUCCGAUGGUUCCCUUCGAAUAUACGGUCCUGAUUCCUCAAUCGCCGACCAAUCUCCACCGUUCGAUCCUCUCACGUUACGGAAAAAACCUUACGCACUGGAGAGAACCGUUGAAUGGUUUUCAAAGAAAGCUCUGCUUUCAAUGAAGGUAUUGGAAUCGAGAGGGCUACUUUUGUCGCUCUCUGAAUCAAUCGCUUUUCAUAGGCUUCCGAAUUUUGAAACUAUUGUUGUGAUCGCUAAAGCUAAAGGCGCUAAUGUCUACUCUUGGGACGAUCGUAGAGGCUUGCUUUGCUUUGCUAGGCAAAAAAGAGUUUGCAUUUUCAGGCAUGACGGACAUGGAUUCUUGGAGGUGAAAGAGUUUGGUGUACCAGAUACAGUGAAGUCGAUAUCAUGGUCUGGUGAGAACAUAUGUGUAGGUGUUAGAAAGGACUACAUGAUAUUAAACGCCACGAAUGGCGCAUUGUCAGAGGUUUUCUCUUCGGGGAAGAUAGCGCCACCAUUAGUUGUUCCUCUUCCUUCUGGGGAACUUAUUCUCGGGAAGGAAAAUAUUGGAGUCCUUGUGGAUCAAAAUGUUAAGCUUGUUCAAGCUGGUAGGAUAUGUUGGUCAGAAGCUCCUAUUGCUGUUGUUAUCCAGAAGCCAUAUGCAAUAGCUCUGUCUCCCAGGCGUGUUGAGAUUCACUCCCUCCGAGUUCCAUAUCCUUUAAUACAGACGAUUGUCCUCCAUGAUGCUUGUCAUCUUAUAAAAAGUAACAAUGCCAUUGUUGUAGCAUCAAACAAUUCAGUUUAUGGGCUUUUCCCUGUUCCUCUUGGUGCACAGAUUGUCCAAUUAACAGCAUCUGGAGAAUUUGAGGAAGCGUUGGCUUUGUGUAAGCUGCUUCCACCUAAAGAUGCAGACCUUAGAGUUGCAAGGGAGCGUUCGAUUCAUACAAGAUAUGCUCAUUAUCUCUUUGACAAUGGUUGCUAUGAGGAGGCAAUGGAGCACUUUUUGGCAUCUCAAGUGGAUAUUAUUUAUGUUCUUUCUUUGUAUCCAUCCAUUGUUCUUCCCAAAACAACUACAAUUCCCAAGCGCCUCUCUCCGGAUGAUUCAUCCUGCCUGUCAGACGAUCUGGAAACCUUGCUUCCACAACCAUCAGACUCUGAUGAGAAUGCAGCAUUCGAGUUCAAGAAAACGAGCCACAAUACUCUCAUGGCUCUUAUUAAGUACCUACAAAAGAAAGGAUACAACAUUGUAGAGAAAGCUGCUGCCGAGGGAAUGGAAGAGGUAGUUUUAGAUGCCAUCGGGGAUAACUUUACUUCAGCUAGGUCUAAGAAGUCAAAUAAGCGGCACGGUAACAUUCCAAUUAACUCAGCUGCUAGGCAUAUGGCAGCUAUACUUGAUACAGCCCUCCUCCAAGCUCUGCUUCUUACUGGACAACCAUCUGCAGCUUUAGAAUUGCUGAACGGUCUUAACUACUGUGACGUAAAAAUAUGCGAGGAGCUUCUUCGAAAUGGGAAUCACUAUGCUGCUCUGUUAGAACUAUACAAAAGUAACUCAAUGCACCGUGAAUCUCUUAAACUAUUACAUCAAUUAGUUGAAGAGUCGAAAAGAAACCAAUCACAUGCUGAGGAGUUCGGUCCUGAGGCAAUUAUUGAGUAUCUCAAGCCUCUCUGUGGCACCGAUCCGAUGCUUGUGCUUGAGUUCUCGUUGUUUGUUCUCGAAAACCGUCCAACACAAACCAUUGAGCUAUUUUUGUCUGGAAAUAUUCCAGCAGACAUGGUCAAUGCUUAUUUGAAGCAGCAUGCUCCAAACAUGCAGGGCAGGUACUUGGAACUUAUGCUCGCGAUGAAUGAAAAUAGGAUCUCAGCGAACCUGCAGAAUGAAAUGGUACAAAUCUCUCUCUCAGAAGUACUUGAAUGGUAUUCAGAGCUAAGUGCUCAACAGAUGUGGGAUGAGAAGGCUUAUUCUCCGACAAGGAAGAAAUUAUUGUCUGCAUUAGAAAGCAUCUCGGGGUACAAUCCGGAGGCUUUGUUGGAACAUCUUCCUCCAGAUGCUUUAUUCGAAGAGCGUGCAAUUUUGUUCGGAAAAAUGAACCAACAUGAACUUGCGCUAUCACUAUAUGUUCAUAAGCUUCAUGUACCUGAACUGGCACUGGCCUAUUGUGAUCGGGUUUAUGACUCUGCAGUUCAUCGACUCCCGGUAAAAUCCUCUGGCAAUCUAUACCUCACUCUUUUACAGAUUUAUCUGAAUCCUCAGAAAACAACCAAAUACUUUGAAAAUAGUAUUAUGAAUUUGGUAUCAUCCUCAAAUACAAGCACGCAAAAGGUUAGUUCAGUGGCUUCACUGAAAUCUAAAGUAGGACGUAAGAAAAUUGCGUCAAUAGAAGGUGCGGAGGAUAUGCGUAUCAGUCCUAGUAACACCGAUACCACCAUCGAAGAAUCUAGUGAGGAAGGAGGCUCUACUAUCAUGUUCGAUCGGGUACUUGAUCUUUUGAGUCGAAGGUGGGAUAGAAUCAAUGGAGCUUAUGCACUCAAAAUCUUACCGAGGGAGACUAAACUACAGAACUUGCUUCCAUUUCUGGGACCUCUUGUAAAAAAGUCCAGUGAAGCAUACAGGAACUCCUCUGUCAUCAAGAGCUUGAGGCAGACUGAGAGCCUACAGGUUAAAGAUGAACUCUACAACCAAAGAAAAGCUACGGUAAAGAUUUCGAGAGAUAGUACGUGCUCUCUCUGCGACAAGAAAAUCGGAACAACCGUAUUCGCCAUCUACCCGAAUCGGAAAACAUUGGUUCACUUUGUUUGCUUUAGAGAUUCACAAAAUAAGAAAGUUGUAACCAGAGGCUCAUUACUAAAGAGCGAUGAUGUUGGAGUGUAUGCAUAAUAUGAUGUAUAUAGCUCUUAGCGAUGCCAAGUUGCAAACUCAAAUGCUAGAAAUCAAAAGCUGUAAUCCAGUUUGACUACUGCUGCUGCUUGUGUGUUGUAUAAUAUUGUUGUAUUGAUGUGAAAGUGUUUUUUCAUGAUUGGAAUUGAUGUGUCGUAAAA